AUCGCCACGAGCUAGGGGCCGGCGAGGUGGCGGAGCCCGCCGCUGCAAGGCGAGGACUAGGAGUUCGGAGACGCCCACCUGUCUCGAUUGCCUCGGAAUCCGUCUUCUCUCUGGGAUACGAUAAUAUUAUGACCCUUAUUUUUAAUGGAAGAUGAUUGAAUGUGAAAACCUAAACCAAGAAGAAAUUAUUAAAGAACUGUGUUUAUGCAAUGGUUUAUCUUAUGAGAUGGUUGUACAAGAAGGAUCAGAUACUUCAAAUCUGGAGAUGUUUUUCUCAGGGUAUCCCCGUAUCGUCGGAUUAUCACUGUUUCCCAAUUUAACAAGUCUCACGAUCGUUGCUCAAGACAUAAAAGAAAUUUCAGGAUUAGAGACUUGUUCAGAACUUAAAGAACUCUGGAUUGCCGAAUGCUGUCUAGAGAAAAUUGGAGGUCUUCGAGAAUGUAGAAAUUUAGAAAAACUGUAUUUAUAUUAUAAUAAAAUUUCCAAAAUAGAAAAUUUAGAGAAAUUAUUGAGACUGGAGGUUCUUUGGCUGAACCACAAUACAAUUAAAAAUAUUGAGGGCUUGCAAACUUUGAAGAAUUUAAAUGAUCUCAACCUUGCUGGAAAUCUAAUAAGCAGCAUUGGUCGAUGUCUUGAUCCCAAUGAACAACUGGAAAAAUUAAACCUCUCUGGUAAUCAAAUAUCUUCUUUCAAGGACCUUACUAACUUAACCAGGCUUCGUCGCUUAAAGGAUUUAUGUCUGAAUGAUCCUCAAUAUAAAACCAACCCAGUUUGUCUGCUGUGUAAUUAUUCCACACAUGUGCUGUACCACUUGCCUUGCCUUCAAAGACUUGACACGUAUGAUGUGUCAGCAAAGCCGAUCAAGGAACUGGCAGAUACCACAGCAAUGAAAAAAAUCAUGUAUUACAAUAUGCGUAUAAAAACCGUUCAGAGGCAUCUUAAUGAAGACCUUGAAAAACUGAAUGAUCGAAAAUGUAAAUUACAGAAGUUGCCAGAAGAACGAAUAAAAUUAUUCAGCUUUAUGAAAAAAAAUUUGGAACGGGAGCUGACUGAACUCAAGGGAUCCAGCAAAGGACAAAAUGAAAGAUCCAGUAACAAUAAAGUAACCAAGCUUGAAAUAUCAAAGAUCUCUGAGACUGUUACAGAAGAACCAAGCCUUCAGCAGAAGAUACUGACCAAACUCAAUGCCUUGAAUGAAAGAGUAACAUUCUGGAACAAAAAACUAGAUGAAAUUGAAGCAAUUUAUCGUAUUGAAGUAAAGCGAAAGAAGAAAAGUUGUGGGUUGUUGAUCCCAUUUUUGUCAAUUGAGUUGGAGACUGUAGGAAAUAUCCACUUUGAAGAAGGCACUCGAUCUGAUGACUGGUUUAAUUCCUGCUAUGAAUUAAUUCUAUCACGUUUUUGUUCAUGGGACUUCAGAACAUAUGGUAUUACAGGAGUGAAAGUAAAACGUGUCAUCAAAGUUAACAACCGUAUUCUGAGACUAAAAUUUGAAGAUAAAUUCCAAACAUUUUUGGACAAUGAAGAUAUGCAUGAUUCAGAGAGCUAUCGAAAGAUGCUGGAAUGCCUCUUCUAUGUUUUUGAUCCUGAAGUUACAGUGAAGAAAAAGCACCUGCUACAGAUCCUUGAAAGAGGAUUCAAUGACAGUGAAACAAGCAAGCUGCCUCUCAGAAAAGAAGCUGUUAUUCUUGCUAACAGCCUAAGUAUGUGUGAGUGUCCCAGAAUUGAAUUUCUACAGCAAAAGUACAAGAAUGAGAAGAAAAACUCUUUUGACAAUGAGCUCUUUAGACAUGGCAUCCUCCUCAUUACAAAGGCUUUCCUUGGCCAGAGUGGUCAGGCUCGUGAACAGGACUCCAUCAGUCAAGCCAACUAUCCAAUGCUUAAUUCAGUGUUCGUUCCUCGAAAAUGUAUACUAAAUUCAAUAGUGGGACAAAGAAACUGUGAUUGCAGCUUUCGGCAGUGCAAGUGGUUCAUCUUUGAUCAUGACCUUGUUUUGCCAGAAUACAUCGUUGAAUUUGAGUAUAUUACAGUGGUCAAGGCUCAAUCUUUAUUUUCUUCAUUCAACAAUGUUAUUCUAGAAGAAAGCAAAAAAUUUUCAGAAGGAUCAGUAUUGUCUCAGGAAUUGAAAUUUGAUGAUGAAGUUAUAAAAAUGGACCCUAGAAUCAAGCCCAAACCAAAACUUAUUAGUUUGGAUGAUAAAACAAUACUUUCCCUUGCCAAGACUAGCAUAUACAGUAAUAUUGUGAGUCUGAAUCUACAUGGAAACAGCUUGAGUAAACUAAGAGAUCUCUCCAAGUUAACAGGACUUCGAAAACUUAAUAUCAGCUUUAAUGAAUUUACUUGUUUAGAUGAUGUAUACCACUUGUAUAACCUUGAAUAUUUGGAUGCGAGCCAUAACCACGUGAUAACCCUUGAGGGAUUUAGAGGCCUGAUGAAACUGAAGCACUUAGACUUGAGCUGGAAUCAACUAAAAAAAUCUGGCGAUGAAAUAAAUAUAUUAUGCAAACACACCACAAGCCUUCUCACUCUUGACAUCCGACAUAAUCCGUGGCAAAAGCCAGCCACAUUAAGGCUGAGUGUUAUUGGCAGAUUAAAGACACUUAAUCAUUUAGAUGGACUCCUAGUUUCUGAGGAAGAAGCAGCAGCAGCUAUGAAAUUUAUUAGUGGAACAAAGAUUACUCAGGUAUCUGUCUUACGGCAUUCUAGCAUUAAAGAGGAGAGACCACGGAUACUUAGUAUAUGGCCUUCUGCCAAAAUUCUGACACAGAUUUCAAAGUUAGGACUACAUUCACAUCUGAACGGAAACUGGUACUUGAAGAUAACUGCCUUGAAUUUAGAUGGGCAACAUCUCUUUGAAAUCACAAAUUUAGAAAAAUUGGAAAAUUUGAAAUGGGCAUCAUUCAACAACAACAACCUCACGAAAAUGGAAGGCUUGGAAUCCUGUGUUAACUUAGAAGAGCUCACAUUAGAUGGAAACUGCAUCUCAAAGAUAGAAGGCAUUUCCAAGCUGACUAAAUUAACUCACCUCAGCAUGAACAAUAAUCUUCUCACUGGUUUGGAAAAGCAUACUUUUGAUAACAUGCUUCAUCUUCACUCCCUUUCUCUUGAGAACAACAGAAUCACUUCAUUGAGUGGUUUGCAAAAAGUGUUUACUCUAAUUGAAUUAUACAUAAGCAAUAACUAUGUUGCUCUCAAUCAGGAGAUCUACAAUUUAAAGGGUUUAUGCAACUUGGUCAUUCUAGACGUGUAUGGAAACAUUAUUGUAUGGAAUCAAGAAAACUACCGGUUGUUUGUAAUAUUUCAUCUUCCAGAACUGAAAGCUUUGGAUGGAAUCUCAAUUGACCCACCAGAGACUGAGUAUGCAAAAGAUUUGUUUGGUGGCAGACUAACUUCUGACAUGAUCGCAGAACGACAAGGACAUUCAAACUUCACCCAAAUGCAAGAAUUAAAUUGGACUUCAUCAUCCAUCAGAACUGUGGAUUUGAUUCCAAUAGACCAAUUUAGAAAUGUGUGUAAUGUGAAUCUACAGAACAAUAAUCUCACCUCAUUCAGUGGAUUAAUCUAUCUACCUAAUGUGAAGGUCUUAUGCCUCAAUUAUAAUCAUAUUGAAUCAAUUAUGCCCAGACUAAAGCCUCACAGUCACUUGACCAACAGACAAGUACUCUACCAGAAAGUGCCUUCAAGUGGGUAUGGACAGCAAGGAACCUCAAAAUUAAACAGAGAUAUAAUGAGCAAUGAAAAUUUGCCUCCAAUAAUGCACAACUUAGAAGUUCUCCAUUUGGGCUACAAUGGAAUUUGUAAUUUAAUUCAGCUACAACUAAACAGACUAAGAAAUUUAAAAUUCCUCUUUCUCCAGGGGAAUGAAAUCAGUCAAGUUGAAGGACUUGACAACUUAUUUGUACUUCAGGAAUUGGUAGUGGACCAUAACCGCAUCAGAGCAUUUAAUGACAGUGCCUUUGCCAAACCAAGCUCCCUGUUGGCACUUCACCUGGAAGAAAACAGACUACGAGAGCUGAACAAUUUACAAUCUUUAGUAAAACUAGAGAAACUCUUCCUAGGAUAUAAUAAAAUCCAGGAUAUAGCAGAACUGGAAAAACUUGAUUGUAUCUCUUCUCUCAGAGAGCUUACAGUUUAUGGCAAUCCGAUUUGUAGAAAAAUGGUACAUCGCCACGUGCUCAUAUUUCGACUACCUAACUUACAGAUGUUAGAUGGAAUUCCUGUGAAUUCAGAUGAUAGAACAAAAGCUGAACUUCACUUCUCUGAACUACAAGCAAAGAAAAAUUCGUUUACUCCUGUUGCCAACUCUCCUAUGGAUGGUGGAUCAUUUGGCCAAGUGAAAGCGUCUCCCAUAAAGAUAACAAAUAUAAUUCUGCCUGGUGGAUUUAGCCAUUACUUGGGAUCUGACUUCACUUUAAUUCCUGAAAUUGAAGAAUUCCUGGGAGACACUUCACAAGAUCAAAUAGAAUGUAACUGCCUAAAGAGAAAUGAACAUACACCAAGAAACCUAUUACUGUGUAGUAGUUUGCAAAAACUAGCAAUGUCAGUGAAAAAAGUAAGAUAA